AUGGCGUCGUAUAGAGGUUAUGUUAGGGUUCAAAGAAAAAGUGGCGUUCAGACUUCUUCAGCAAACACGAUCUCCUUCUCUCUCAAUCUCAUAUGCGGCGGCUCUUCCUUCUACGCGCCUCUCUGCCGCUCACCUUCUGGCUUCAAUCAUCGCAGCCUCAUGCUUCCGAAUCAACCUCUCUUAGGCGAGACGUUAUUUUAUGCCUCAGGCUUCAACCAUCGAUCUUCUUCUCACAGCGAAAAGUGCCUCAGCACACGAUAUCCGUCUUCGUCGUAUCGAACUUCAUGGAUCGACCUUCUCCAUUCUUGUUUCAUCAUCUUCGUUCUCGCUCGCUCAAUUAUUCCAUAUUGA